GCAUUGUACACACAUUCACAAGUCGAGAAGAAAAGAACUGUAGAAGAGGAUAAUCAAACCAGAGAUUAUCGAAAAGAUUUUUUUUUCUGUUUCUUUUUCUUUUACGAUCUCUGUUCUGGAGCCCAAGCUCUCUGUCCCUGUGUUUGUUCAAGAGACAGAGCAGUGUAUCUGUGGCACCAGCCUCAACAAUGGCGUCCCUGGUGUCUUCACCAUUCACAUCACCCGCCUCCAAGGUAGAACACCUCUCCUCUCUUUCUCAAAAGCAUUUUUUUCUUCAUUCCUUCCUACCCAAGAAGCUCAAUCAAGGUUGUAGCAGCAGUAGAGCUGGUAUGAGAGUAAAAUGUGCUGCAAUUGGCAAUGGUUUGUUCACCCAGACCACACCCGAGGUCCGUCGAAUCCUCCCCGACCAAAAUCCUGACCUGCCCAGAGUUAAAAUCGUCUAUGUAGUACUCGAAGCUCAAUAUCAGUCUUCCCUUUCGGCUGCUGUGAGGUCCCUUAACAGCAGCGGCAAGUACGCUUCGUUUGAAGUUGUUGGCUACUUGGUCGAAGAGCUUCGAGACAAAUCCACUUACCAGACAUUCUGUAAAGAUAUUGAGGAUGCUAACAUCUUCAUUGGUUCUCUUAUAUUCGUCGAGGAGCUUGCGAGGAAGAUUAAGGCCGCUGUUGAGAAGGAGAGAGAUAGACUGGAUGCAGUUCUGGUGUUCCCUUCAAUGCCCGAAGUAAUGAGACUUAACAAGUUGGGCUCAUUCAGUAUGUCACAGCUCGGGCAAUCGAAGAGUCCCUUCUUUCAGCUCUUUAAGAAGAAGAAAUCGUCCGCAGGUUUUGCAGAUAAUAUGUUGAAGCUCGUGAGGACUUUGCCCAAGGUUCUCAAGUACUUACCCAGCGAUAAGGCUCAAGAUGCUCGGCUGUAUAUACUUAGUUUGCAAUUCUGGCUAGGAGGGUCGCCGGAUAAUUUACAAAAUUUCAUCAAAAUGAUUUCUGGAUCUUACGUUCCGGCGCUGAAAGGGACUAAGGUUGAGUAUGCUGAUCCGGUUGUGUUCUUGGACAGUGGGAUGUGGCACCCUCUGGCUCCUUGCAUGUAUGAUGAUGUGAAGGAGUACUUGAAUUGGUAUGGGACCAGAAAGGAUGCUAAUGAGAAGCUGAAGGAUCCGAAUGCUCCUGUUGUUGGGUUGAUUUUACAGAGAAGCCACAUUGUUACUGGUGAUGAGAGUCAUUACGUGGCUGUAAUCAUGGAGUUAGAAGCAAGGGGAGCCAAGGUGAUACCUAUAUUUGCUUGUGGGCUUGAUUUCUCAGGGCCAGUGGAGAAGUUCUUGAUUGAUCCAGUCACCAAAAAACCUUUUGUACACUCUGUGGUGUCACUUACAGGAUUUGCACUCGUUGGAGGACCUGCAAGGCAGGAUCAUCCCAGAGCUGUUGAGGCAUUGAGGAAGCUUGAUGUGCCAUAUAUUGUCGCACUGCCAUUAGUUUUUCAGACAACAGAAGAGUGGUUAAAUAGUACUCUUGGGUUGCAUCCAAUUCAGGUGGCUUUGCAGGUUGCUCUCCCUGAGCUGGAUGGCGGGAUGGAACCCAUUGUUUUCUCUGGUCGUGAUCCUAGAACUGGGAAAUCGCAUGCUCUUCAUAAGAGGGUGGAGCAGCUCUGCACCAGGUCAAUCAAUUGGGCUGAACUCAAAAGGAAAUCAAAGGUGGAGAAGAGACUUGCAAUCACUGUCUUUAGCUUCCCACCUGACAAAGGCAAUGUUGGAACAGCUGCCUAUCUGAAUGUCUUUGCSUCCAUUUAUUCUGUCCUAAAAGAACUCCAAAGGGAUGGAUAUAAUGUUGAAGGUCUGCCUGAGACAGCUGAAGCCCUGAUUGAAGAUAUCAUUCAUGACAAGGAGGCAAAGUUCAGCAGCCCAAACCUCAAUAUUGCAUACAAGAUGGGUGUUCGGGAAUACCAAAGUCUCACUCCCUAUGUCACUGCACUGGAAGAGAGCUGGGGCAAGCCACCAGGCAAUUUAAAUUCUGAUGGUGAGAAUCUUUUGGUAUACGGAAAACAGUAUGGAAAUGUUUUCAUUGGAGUGCAGCCUACAUUUGGAUAUGAAGGUGAUCCAAUGCGGCUCCUGUUCUCCAAAUCAGCCAGCCCACACCAUGGGUUUGCUGCAUAUUACUCCUUUGUUGAGAAAAUCUUCAAGGCUGAUGCUGUCCUCCACUUUGGCACUCAUGGUUCACUUGAGUUCAUGCCUGGAAAACAAGUUGGGAUGAGUGAUGUAUGUUACCCUGACAGUCUCAUUGGGAACAUUCCCAAUGUAUACUACUAUGCUGCUAACAACCCAUCUGAAGCAACAAUUGCCAAGCGUCGCAGUUAUGCCAAUACCAUUAGCUACUUGACACCUCCUGCAGAGAAUGCUGGGCUCUACAAGGGCCUCAAGCAACUCAGUGAGCUGAUAUCUUCCUACCAGUCACUUAAAGAUACUGGUCGUGGGCCACAGAUUGUGAGUUCCAUCAUCAGUACUGCAAAGCAAUGCAACCUCGACAAGGAUGUAAAGCUUCCUGAAGAAGGGGAGGAACUCUCAGCCAAAGAGCGAGACCUUGUGAUUGGGAAGGUUUACUCCAAGAUCAUGGAGAUUGAAUCCCGCUUACUGCCAUGUGGUCUUCAUGUCAUUGGUGAGCCACCAUCAGCCAUGGAAGCAGUUGCCACACUAGUCAAUAUUGCUGCUCUAGAUCGCCCAGAAGAUGGGAUAUCCUCACUCCCAGCAGUAUUAGCUGAGACAGUAGGAAGGGAUAUAGAAGGUGUAUAUAGAGGAAGUGACAAGGGUAUACUAAAGGAUGUGGAGCUAUUGCAUCAGAUAACAGAAACAUCACGUGGAGCAAUAUCAGCCUUUGUGGAAAGGACCACAAAUAAAAAGGGCCAAGUAGUUGAUGUGGCUAACAAAUUGAGCUCAAUCCUUGGGUUUGGUUUGAAUGAGCCUUGGGCGCAAUACUUGUCAAAUACAAAGUUCUACAGGGCUGACAGAGAGAAGCUUAGGACCUUGUUUGAGUUCCUAGGGGAGUGCUUGAAGUUAUUUGUGGCUGAUAAUGAACUAGGGAGUUUAAAGCAAGCUCUGGAAGGUAGUUAUGUAGAACCAGGACCAGGUGGAGAUCCAAUCAGGAACCCAAAGGUUUUGCCAACAGGUAAGAACAUUCAUGCACUUGAUCCACAAUCUAUACCAACGGUAGCAGCAAUGCAGAGUGCAAAGGUGGUAGUGGAUAGGUUGCUUGAGAGGCAGAAGUCUGAUAAUGGAGGACAGUAUCCUGAGACCGUUGCACUGGUUCUAUGGGGUACUGAUAAUAUCAAGACCUAUGGGGAGUCAUUAGCUCAAGUAUUCUGGAUGAUUGGGGUAAGACCAGUUUCCGAUACCUUGGGCCGUGUAAAUAGGGUGGAGCCAGUCAGUCUUGAAGAGCUUGGACGGCCUAGGAUUGAUGUGGUUGUCAAUUGCUCAGGGGUGUUCAGGGAUCUCUUCAUCAAUCAGAUGAACCUCCUAGACAGUGCAGUGAAGAUGGUUGCAGAACUAGAUGAACCAGAUGACCAAAACUAUGUCAAGAAGCAUGCCACACAGCAGGCAGAGGCCCUUGGAAUUGGUCUACGUGAGGCUGCAACUCGUGUCUUCUCCAAUGCCUCAGGGUCCUAUUCCUCAAACAUUAAUCUGGCUGUUGAAAACUCAUCAUGGAAUGAUGAAAAACAGCUUCAGGACAUGUAUUUGAGCCGCAAGUCAUUUGCUUUUGACUGUGAUGCCCCUGGUGCAGGGAUGACUGAGAAGCGCAAGGUCUUUGAGAUGGCACUUAGCACUGCUGAUGCCACAUUCCAAAACCUUGACUCAUCUGAAAUAUCACUCACUGAUGUGAGCCACUACUUUGAUUCAGACCCCACCAAUCUUGUCCAAAGCCUCAGAAAGGAUGGUAAGAAGCCAAGUGCAUACAUUGCUGACACAACAACGGCCAAUGCCCAAGUCCGAACUUUGGCAGACACUGUAAGGCUUGAUGCACGCACCAAAUUACUCAAUCCGAAAUGGUAUGAAGGUAUGAUGGCCAGUGGGUAUGAGGGAGUACGUGAGAUUGAGAAGCGACUUACUACUACAGUUGGUUGGAGUGCCACCUCAGGCCAAGUUGACAACUGGGUGUAUGACGAAGCAAAUUCAACAUUCAUCCAAGAUGAAGAGAUGCUUAACAGGCUAAUGAACACCAACCCAAACUCAUUCAGGAAGCUGGUGCAGACUUUCCUAGAGGCAAAUGGACGUGGGUAUUGGGAGACAUCCGAGCAAAACAUUGAGAGGUUGAGGCAAUUGUAUUCAGAAGUUGAAGACAAGAUUGAAGGGAUCGAUCGGUGAAUAUUAUAAUCUCAGGAGCAUGUAAUAAAAAAUAUAAAUUUGUUUGUUUGAAUGUAACUGUUCAGUUUUUGACUUUUUUCUCUGUAUGUAUCCUUGGAAAUGGGUUGUAUUUGGGUUGUACCCAUCACCUUCAGCACUGCCACUGUCACCAUUC